GGACUUUCGUUUACAGUUAGUUGCACGGAUCGUUCUUCCAUUGAUAGACGCAUAUUACGAAGAAAAGUCAAAAGAUGACGCUAGGCCAAAGUGGUCAACGACCUACUUCCUAUACAGGUAGUGAUUACCUUACUGAAGAAACAGCCAUUCAUCCAUCAUACCCUUUGUAUGCCACCCGAAAACGGCACUGUUGCCAUGGGAGUGAUGGUUUCACCAUAAUUAGUGUGUGCUUUUUCGUGUUAACCUCUGCCAUUACGUUUGCUCUCAUCAUCCAGAUUUAUUAUGGAAGUCCUGAGGUUACUCCACAUGGAGCAGUUGCUACAGACGGAGAGAAGUGUAGUUAUAUUGGAAUCAAGAUAAUGCAAGAAGGGGGGAGUGCUGUUGAUGUAGCCAUAGCAUCUCUCCUUUGUAUGACAGUUAUCCACCCACAUGCUGUAGGCCCUGGAGGGAGUGGUGUAAUGUUAGUACACGACCACAAGAGCAACCAGUCAGUUGUUAUAGAUUUCAUGAGUGACAUACCAAGUAGCCAUAAGUCUGAGGUACCACUACAGCAGGACACAGGUGGCAGCAGCAUUGGGGUUCCAGGCUUGCUACGAGGUCUUGAAUAUGCCCAUAGCAAGUAUGGGAAAUUACCUUGGUCAUCUCUUUUUACACCAAGCAUUGAAUUAGCUAGAGAGGGUUUCAAUGUCUCAGCAAACCUGGAACAGGCCUUAAAGAGGCUGAAUGUGACUCAGGUUGAUGGCAUUACUCCCUUUGAGAAAACAUUCUACCCUAGAGGUCUGAUGCUGAAAGAAGGUGACUUUUUGAAGAGAGAAAAUUAUGCAGAUCUUUUGGAAACUAUUUCUAUUAGUGGUGCUGAGAGCUUUUAUGCUCUGAAUUUUGGAGUUGAAGAACUCAAAGCCCUAAGAGCUGCUGGUUCUGAUAUUCAUGUGAAAGAUUUUGAUAACUAUAAAGUAAGAGAACGAUCAUGCAUUCACAUGAUGAUGGAGGGUUAUACAGUAUUUACUGCACCAGCACCCUUCGGAGGUCCACAGCUUUUGCUGGCUUUAGAGUUGCUGAGAAAUUCAAAUCUUACACAAGCAAGUCCAGCUUUAUUAUAUCACUCUUUUAUUGAAGCCAUCAGAAGGAGUUAUCGAUCCUUUGUUGACCUGGCUGUUGUCGAAGAGCCAUCACUUGAGAAUGUAACACAACAGCUUUUGAAGUCCAAUUUCAAUACGUCAAUAGACUCGACAAUUACCCCUGCAGAUCCUACCAUUCUAACGAUAUCCGAUCAAGCUGCAACCAGUAUCUCAGUGAUUGACACUUUUGAUCAAUAUGUAUCAGCAAUCGCUGGACUUGGCAGCUUCUUUGGUUCUCGAGUGAUGACAGAACAUGGAAUCCUCUUCAAUAACCACCUUAGCAACCUCCCCAAUUUUCCACUUCCUGAAAAAGACGAGUUCUCACGAGCAAGACCUCUCAGUCUAUACACUCCUGUCAUCCUUACAGACCAUAAACAAGUAUGUGGAGAGCGUGUGGUUUUAUCUAGUCCAGAAGUUGGAGCGGCAGCUCAAAUAAUAACUCAGCUGACUGUUCGGCAGAAAAAUUUAAUAGACGCCAUCGCUCAGCCUCGGCUUACAGUUAAGCCUGGCGUGGACGAUGUGUAUCGAGAAGAUUUUGAGGAGGCUAAAAUGCCAGCAGAUGCCACCAACGCUCUGAAGGCCAUGAAUCACAGUUUUGAGGUGCUACACCAGCCAUAUGCAAGUGUGAAUGGAAUUUCAAAAAUUAAAGACAAAUUAGUGUCGAUGUCAGAUAUUCGAGGUGGAGGAGUUGCUCAUCGAUUAGAAUCUUCGCCAAAAACUUAGGAGAAUAAACUUAAACCUCAACAGAGCAUUGAAAUUUACAUCACUGCUCAUGACAGGACAGAAGUUCCAAAGGAGCAGCAAAUACAGUGAAACUCAAGUCUAACAUAGGCCAUGAAAUGGAUUGUAUGUAAUUGUUUGGUCCUUAAAUAUGAAGUGGAGUCCUGUUGCACCUAAGAAAGAUUCUUUCUAAAAAUAAUCUUUGUAACAGUUAAAUUAUAUAAUUCUACAAUUUA